UUUAGAUUAUUUUCAGAAUAAUUUCAAAAAAAUGUACAUAAAAUCAAAUCUAACUGAGGAUGAAGAAAAAGCCCUCAAAGAGCUAUGCAUCAACAAAAACAUUGUUAUUAAACCUGCUGAUAAGGGAAGUGCAGUGGUUAUUAUGGACAAAAAAGAUUAUUUAAGUGAAGGUUUUAGACAGCUUAAUGAUAAAACUUAUUAUUCUAAACUGAAAACACCUAUUUAUCUGGAAACAGUUCCCUUAUUGGAAAAAAUUUUAUCAAACUUAUAUCAAAAGAAAUUAAUAAAUGCUAAACAAAGAAACUACUUAAUGGGGCCCCCUCAGCCUAGAUCCAGAUUGUUCUACAUGCUCCCUAAAAUACAUAAAGACCCAGAAAAGUGGAGCAUCCCCUUCCGGAUUCCCCCUGGUAGACCGAUAGUCUCAGACUGUGACAGUGAGACCUACCGCACAGCAGAAUUUAUAGAUCAUUAUCUCAAUCCUUUGUCCACUAGACAUGAUAGCUAUAUUAAAGAUACUUAUGAUUUUGUGAACAAAAUUAAACAAUUGAUCAUCCCACCAGACUCUAUCCUAUUCACUAUGGAUAUAGAUAGCCUUUAUACAAAUAUAGAUAUAGAGGAAGGAAUCCAGGCUGUUAAAAGGAUAUUUUUGAAAUAUCCUGAUUCUAAAAGACCAGAUAAAGAGCUGCUGCAACUUUUAGAGAUCAAUCUCAAAAGAAACGACUUCCAGUUUCAUGAUGACUUCUAUCUACAAAUAAAAGGAACUGCCAUGGGCAAAAAAUUUGCCCCUGCAUACGCUAAUAUCUUUAUGGCAGAAUGGGAGACUGCAGCGCUCCAUAAAUGCACAUUGAAGCCGUUGUGCUAUUUUAGAUAUUUAGAUGAUAUUUGGGGAGUGUGGUCUCACUCAGAACAGGAAUUUGAGAUGUUUUUGAAGACACUCAACAGUCACAAUCCAUCUAUCAAACUAAAAUCUACCAGCCACAAAUCAUCUGUGGAUUUUUUGGACACAACAACUUUUAAAGGUGAAAAUUUUCAUAUCACUAACCGUUUGGACAUCAAAGUUUUUUUCAAACCCACAGAUACACAUGCUCUUCUUCAUAAAAAUAGUUUCCACCCUAAACACACUUUUGCCGGAUUAAUUAAAUCACAACUUCUUAGAUUUCAUAGAAUUAGCACUCAAGCAUCUGAUUUUAAACAUUCCACCAAGGUGUUAUUUGCAGCCUUGGCCACAAGAGGGUAUCCUCGCUCCUUCUUAAGAAAAUGCUUUAACUCCUUUCUGGACAUUAAACCCAUUAAUCUUUCACCAAUCCUGCCAGUUAUAACCACAUAUUCCCCAUUUUCACUGAGACUGUUGAGGGUCAUCAAAUCAAACUUUCAGACAUUUGUUCAAGAAUCCAAUAGACUCCAGGAUCACAGAAUC